AUGGCGAUAUGCCAGGGGCCGUGUGUUCGCUGUCACGGCCGGCGGGCAGGGCUGUCAAGCCUGCAUACGCCAACUUUUAUUGCUCUGCGCGAGCCUGAAUACUUACCUAGUGAAACCGAACCGGGUCUCCGAAGAAAAGAUGCUGCAUUAUGUGCCCUUGCGAACGUCUCCCGAAAGCUUGGCGACGAGACGGACGGUAGACACUUCCAGACGCGGCUCCCGUGA